AUGUCUGGCGCAGCUGAUCGCGAGCCAGUCUUCCCGACUCGGCAGCAGCUGGGUAUUAUGAAGGCGAAGCUCAAGGGAGCCGAGACUGGUCACAGUCUGCUGAAGAGAAAGAGUGAAGCUCUCACAAAACGUUUCCGAGAAAUCACAAGAAGGAUAGACGAAGCCAAGCGCAAGAUGGGUCGCGUGAUGCAGAUUGCCGCCUUUUCCCUGGCCGAAGUUACAUACGCUGUCGGAGGCGACAUUGGGUACCAGGUGCAGGAGUCUGCCAAGUCGGCCCGGUUCCGCCUUCGAACGCGCCAGGACAAUGUGUCUGGUGUUUUGCUACCCGCCUUUGAGAGCUAUCUGACGGAAGGAAAUAACGAUUUCGGCCUUACCGGUCUCGGCAAGGGUGGUCAGCAGGUGCAGCGCUGCCGUGAAACAUAUGCUCGAGCCGUGGAAGCUCUCGUUGAGCUUGCCAGCUUGCAGACGGCGUUUGUCAUCCUAGACGAGGUCAUCAAAGUCGUCAACAGACGAGUCAAUGCUAUUGAGCAUGUCAUUAUACCCCGCACAGAAAAUACCAUCAAAUACAUCAACUCCGAGCUGGAUGAGGUUGACCGUGAGGAGUUUUACAGACUAAAGAAGGUCGCCGGCAAGAAGCAACGAGACAAUGCUGCUGCGGAUGCUGAGAUGAAGGCGAAGCGCCUAGCACAAGCCAAGGCCGAAGGGGACGAGACAGUACAAGAGGCCACCGAAGAUGAGCCUACAGAUAUGCUGGCGGCUGAGGAGGACGACGAUGUCAUCUUUUGA